UGCCCGUCACAGAGCGGUUAUACAAUCUGUGCCCUCGCUUGAGCCUGCCAGAAUUAAACCUUACCAUGUUCUGCCUUUAAGGACUGCUUCACAACAAGCUGCCAGAAUGAUGAAAACAAAAUUUCCAAGCAGGAAAACGGAGGACCUCAGUCUCUUGCUAAUAAAUCAUGUGUGAAAGGAAGCCACAGUGAGAAAAUGGCUUCUCACAAGUCAAAGACUGGCACCAAGAUAAAUGUUAGAAAGGCAGCGGAGGAAUCCAGUCCAGUGGAUGAAUAUGUCACACCUGGGGGCUAUGAGCUGGAGAAAAUCCUAAACCGUGGGAGUGUGGCUUACACUCAUGUCAACGAGGUCUGGCCUAAUGUCUACAUCGGGGACGAGGACACUGCGAGGGACAAGUAUAAGCUGAGGAGCUUGGGGAUUACGCACAUCUUGAAUGCAGCAGAGGGGACGUGGAACAGCGUGGACACUGGAGCUGGUUACUACAGAGACAUGGACAUCGUCUACUACGGAGUGGUAGCAGAAGAUGUCACAACAUUUGACCUCAGCCAGUAUUUCUUCUCUGCUUCCCGGUUCAUAGAAAAAACGCUGAGCAAUCCUCUGAAUAAACUGCUGGUGCACUGUGUGAUGGGGAGAAGUCGGUCCGCCACACUUUUCCUCGCCUACCUCAUGAUCUGUGAGCACAUGACGGUUGUCGACGCCAUCGAGCACGUGAAGAAACGCAGGAGGAUCAUCCCCAACUGGGGCUUCCUGAAACAGCUGAGAGAGCUGGACAUGCAGCUCCUGGGGAGAGGGGAAGACUCGACAGAGGACAGCUGAUGUUAGCACUCCAAGGACUAGUUGAACCUCGAGUCUAUGGAGACGAGUCCAAGUUGGGUUUCAAGAGAUUUGAGACAAGUUCUAGUCAAGUUUGAAGUUAUGUCGGACUAAUAAAAAUCUCUGGUCAUUCAAGUCUAA